AGAUAUACAUUUUGUAUAUAGAGUUAUAUGAAAAAGAUUAAAGAAAGGAAUAAAGAAAAGUAAAUGGUGAUCAGAGAGUUGCAGAGGCCUCACAUUGCAUGGUCACUCUACCCACGUUCCUUUGCUCCCCACACCCCUCUCUCUAAUACCUUAAUCACUAAGCCCCAAAAGUACACACUAUAUCAACCCCCUUCCCCAUUUCCUUCUCUAUCCAAACCCCACUGUAACUUGCAGUUCGGAGGACGGCGACUGUGAGAUCGAGCUCUCAUCAUAGCUUGUUAUCUCAGUUGUCAUCCCCCAAUAACCGAUUCAUGAAGAACACACAAUUUGUAAUCAAGAUUUUGGUAAAUUUGGUGUGUACCUGUUAAUUUGGUGGCAGAUAAUCGAAGAUUGAUGGAUAUUUAUGGUAUGUCGUCGGCGGGACAGGAUUUCUUAGGCGUAGACGAGCUUUUUGACUUCUCCGAUGACCGUGAUGACCUUUUUUCCUCCUCAACCACCACCGCUGCCACCGACGCAUUCCACAACAUUACAUCCUCCACCGCCUCAGCCAGCCAGUUCCAGUAUAUUUUCAAUAAUAACAAUAAUACCACCACCACCACCACCACCACCAAUUACCACCACUCAACCGACUUCACCGACCAUUUCUGCGUUCCGAAUGAUGAAGUGGCGGAGCUCGAAUGGCUAUCGAAAUUCGUCGACGAUUCAUCCAGCGAUUUCCCGGCGAAUAACAUAGCUGGAACUAUAAACUUCCGGCCGGAGAACACGUCAAUUCACAGCCGAUCAAGGAGCAAAAGAACCAGAGCUCCGUCAAAUAACAACAGUUGGACAUCGACACCGGUACCUACCACUCAGAUCUCUGAAACAUCGAAGACGAAGAGAGAAACUUACUCAUCGACUACAUCUUCAUCCUGCGACACAACCUCCGAGACCGGCAUCGUUAGGCGCUGCACACACUGCGCGUCGGAGAAGACGCCUCAAUGGCGAACCGGACCGUUAGGUCCGAAGACGUUGUGCAACGCGUGCGGCGUGAGGUACAAAUCCGGUCGGCUGGUUCCGGAGUAUCGUCCGGCUGCCAGUCCGACGUUUGUGCUAACUCAACACUCCAACUCUCACCGGAAAGUAAUGGAACUCCGUCGGCAAAAAGAGAUGAUUUUAGGCCAUCACCACCACCAACAACAACAACACUUACCGCCAUCAGAACACCAACUCUACGGCGGCGGACAUCACCACCACCACCACCGCCAACAACAACAACGAUUACACCAUGGCAGCAACUACGAGGUGUGCUGACGGCACCGUCACCGGCCAGGAAUCACGACGUAAUCGUUUCCAAAAAUACUUACCGGAUGAGAAAGAAAUCAAAAAACUGUUACGAAUUUCAGAAUUCCAUGAUCUGAUUUUUUUUUGUAUUUUAAUUCCAAAAUUAAAUAAAAAUUAAAGAUCAUACGGUCGGGUACGGUA